AUCGAAGGCAGGAAGCUGAGGCAGGGGGAGCUCUGGUGCGGGUCAAGUAAGGUUCUUUGCCGAGGCGACAGGGAGAUCAUUUGAUCGGUUGAAGGCAUACCGUGAAGGAGCAAGAUCUCGAGGAGGGGAUAUGAGCUGUACGCUUAGAAUAGCAAGCUGAUAGUCUGUGACUGCGUUGGUUUAAGAUCGAAGGACUGGCACCUGUACCCACAACUUAUCCCAUAGCUCCUUAACUGCGCUGAUCACGCUGAUCACACUGUAUCGAAAGAAAUAAUUUCAUUUGAAUUCAAUAUUAAGAUACCACUUGUGAAGGAAGUUUAAACAGGAUAAAGCUAUUCAGUGAUAAACAAAGGAAAUAAUGCAAUUUAAAGGUUCAACUAAAGAUCAUUAUCACUGCUUCCAAACCUCCCAACAAAGAAUUGGAUAAUCCUCUAAUUGGAAACACCAUAGCAGGCAGCGUCUACUUUCGACGAGCAAGCAGGGACUAAGAUCGAUGAUUGCGAUAGGAGUGCUGCCAUCCAAGGGAAGGAAGAGAAAGCAAAAGAGCAACAAUCAGGAAUCAACGCAGUGGAACUAUAACUUCGUCUGAGUCAGAAGUUUGAUUUGGUUUAUCCCGGGAGGAAGAAAACAGCCCCUGCAAGACGAGAGAUUGAAGGCUUUACAGCUAGAAAGAUGAGAGAGCUUGAAAACGUCUGGUGAAAGACUCGGAUCUGAUCGCAAUGUUGCCAGUGCAAACUGUACCGUCUUUCUAGCUGAGCUGUUUAAGGUACCUUGGCAGACUUGGUGAAGUACUCAGGAGUGGAAGUUAGAUGAUCAAGAUUCCUUGAGUGUGGGGUAGGAAUACAUGCUAAAUUGGGAGUGCUGCAGAAGUUAGAUGAAUGAACCUGCAUCCAUGAUUCAGAUGUGAGGGACCCCAAUGCAUUCAUCCAUGACUUAUUGACUUCGCUAAAAGUGAAGGUGAUCUUGAUAAGAACUCUGCUACGUUGAAUGAUUCGGAAACAAUUUGAGCGGAAGCAUCAGAUCAACAUCCACAUCCUCAAGAGUGUGUUCCCCUGUAUUAGUAAAAGACUUACAUAGCCAUGGAGAUGAGAGUUUUUGUUACUGUAUCCUUGACACACCUUUGUUUACAGGUAGCUGCACAGUUUAUAGGGGAUAUUCCACCUAAUGGAGGGUUUGUGUCUGAAGGUGUACAACCGCCCAUAGACCCUCUUGACCCUUGGGCGUCAGUAGGAAUGACGUACCCUACUGUUCCUGGGAUGCCCGGUUUUUAUCCACUCCCAGGGUUUCCUCUGCCAGGUGAUCCCAUGCACCCUGCUAAUCGUGGCAUCCCAGUGAAUCCUCCUCCCCCUCCUCCUCCUCGGGUGCCCCCACGGAACCCCUGGUUACCAAACCGACCAGGAGUGGGGAACCAGCCGGGGGCACGAGUGCAACCUGGUGGGGUACCAGGUGUGGUACCAGGUACCAACCCCAACACAGGGACGGGCAACACCGGAAGAGCACCAAUCAACCCUUUUAAACCACCAGUGCAACGACCACCAGUCAACAGACCACCUGUGCAGCAACCACCGGUGCAACGACCACCAGUCAACAGACCACCUGUGCAGCAACCACCGGUGCAGCGACCACCGGUGCAACCACCGGUACAACGCCCACCUCAGACACCACGUCCGCCAGCAACUCCACGAUCCCCUCAUGUUGGUGUCAACCGCCCCAAUAGGCCAUCCACACCAGGUGUGAACACCCCUGGACGUGGACAAGGACCUGUCAUCAUUGACCCAAUUCGUCCAAGGGUCACGACCCCAAGACGGCCCGGUACCCCGCCUAACAGACGACCGACAAUGCCUCGGCAUCCACAUUCUGGCCCCACUCCUUCGAGGCCUUACAUGACCUGUGCUCAAAAUCCGUGCCAAAAUAGAGGGGUAUGCACCAACGACCCUUUUACAGGAUUCAAAUGCGAGUGCCGACAUCUCUACCUCGGCGAACGUUGUGAGGUCAUCAUCUCCCCUCCUCAGCACAUCAACAUUGAUACCGUUGCAACGACGAGGGCAUCCAUUUCUUGGAGGGUGCCUCCUGCAAUUGAUGAGGAGAUAUCAGGAUUUAUUGUGCAGUACAACAAGUUUGGAUAUGAUACCUUUUUCUACAGCCCAUUCAUUCAUCCAUCAGUUGCUGAUUUCACAUUAACAGACCUGGAGCCAGAUUCCCAGUACACAGUCUGUGUCAGCACCAUUCUAGUCAACCACACCCAGACCAAUGCCGUGCUUCGGGACCAGUGUGUGGAGGUCAGAACGAGACCACUGUCACUCAACGAGACCGGCCUCCCUGUGACAAUGGUGGCCAUCAUUCUUGGUGGAGUGGUGGUAGCUCUCAUCCUGGUCAUGUUACUCGCAUUGUGUUGUCAGAGGAAGUGUCUGCAGACAAGACGUGCAGUCAUCGGAGCUGCAGCAACGGUCAGACGUGUACGCCAGCAACAGAUGUGCGAAAUCCAUGGGAAUCCGAAGACACCACUAACACCUCGCCUAUCAGGAGGGAACAACUCUCCCAAGAAGGAACAUCAGUACAGUAAGCCAGGGCCACCUGUCAAGGAAAGGGCGCUCCCAAAGAUAGCGUCCCCAAACAACAGAGUUCCACCAAGCCCAAGAACACAAGCAGUGAUCCAAAAGACAGUCAUACCUAUGCAGCAUGCGAGGAAACCUGACAUCACCACGGCACAUGUAGCAAAGCGAUGUGUCCAUGCCAACAACGCAAACAGCACAUCCGCUACGGAUCCUCUGAUCAUUGACAUCCCGCCAACAGUACCUGAACAUGACAUUGCCAUGAAAGCCAUUAAGAAAGCGGCAAGGAGGCCAAAUGACUAUGCCACCCAGCAGAGCUACUAUGCCCGUUCCUACUCCAUCUCCAGUUCUGAAUACACCGAGCAUUCCAUGUAUGGGGGCCGAAGGCUGGCUGGAUUCUCAAUGAAAGCCGCGAAGACAACCACCCAUCCGCCAUCAAGUGUCAUCCGUGCCCUCCCAAAGACUGUCAGUAACCAUAUGAUGCGCAUUAAGAAUGCCCGGGACAAGGAUGCAACCAGUGAAUUUGAUAUGGCAAGAACACACUUCUUACAAAAAGCAUGAUGCUGCAAUGAUUGGGACAGUCUAUGAAGGAACUUCUUGAAAUCCAUUGGGGUUCGAAGACCAUGCUCCUGUCAGUACCUACUUGAUCUACUGGAUCUUUAGCAGCUGAAGUACCAAGAACUAUUAAAUCCUACAGCUGAUAGCCUGAAGAUCUAUAACUACUCAAGAUUUAGCAUGGACUUGGACCAACAAGGUUUCAGUAGGACAAGCUGAAAUAUGACAUCAUAGUGAUGACAGAGUACAAUGUACAUGACAGCAUUUUCUACCUAAGUGUAUAAAUUGUAAAUAUGUACAUUUACAAUUCAGCAGAGUGGCUCAAGUCUCCAACAUAUUGUUGAGAAUGAAGUACAUGUAGCUAUUAUAUGCUUUUGUGCAAUAGAAGUGCUAAAUGAUAAUGUGCAAAGAGUAGGCUACUUAUAAUGAGAUUAUAUUUGUAUUAAGAAAUGUUAGAUAUUCCAAAAGAAUGUUCAGAAGUCUUCCUAAUUUGCCAAAAUUACGUAUGUGCUACUGAUGUAUCAUUUUAUACUACCUACACAAUGUAUUUCUCCAUCUGCAGGGCAGUAGAAAGAAUAUUUCAGUAAAGGACCGAGUCCAGAGCAAUGAAAGUAGUUGCUCCAUUGUGUGAUUCAUAAUAAUUCUGCAGUGUCCAGCAAAACAAACUUCAGACCAAUCAAAACCAUGAUUGCAUAUCUCAAAAUGGUAUAAACGGUUUCAUGAAAUUUGCUCCGGCGACAAUUGCUCCGAAGGAAAAUCAGCACGUGACGCAAAGGGUAAAAUCGAACCUGAUAAACAUAAAGUCUAACCUACCAAACUAAAUAAAGCCUAAUCCUAAUCUUUAUAUUAUUCUGAACUAAAAACUUUUUUAUUACAAUCCCAACUCUAAACCUACAUGUAUGUCCUCUGAGAUAUUAAGACCGGAGCAAAUGUUGAAGGAGUAAAUGUUGUGUCACCAUAUAAACAGUCAGUUUGGAAUUGGUUAUGUUCAUGAUCAUAUUACCUAUAUCGAAAUGAAGAUUUUUUAAUGAAGAUUUGAAAAUGCAAAUGACUUUUUUUCUUUGUAGUAUGUAUUGUUUGCAAAUUGAUCUUAUCAGGCAUCAAAACAUAUUUCUUUGAAACUCAAGUGCAAAUUUCAUACUUGAUCAUCAGCUAACCUGUUUAAAAGUUUACUCUUUUAUGAAAUGGUUUGAUAAAUCAAAAUAUAAAACAGGUUUUCAUUUUUCUGGAUAAUAUGUGUGAUGAUAUACACCACUUAAUAUAUCAGUUGCUUGUCACAUUUUGUAGAUUUCCAAUCAUAUAAUUUAUUGUAUAUAUUGAUGUGAAGAAUGUGAUAAAGAGAGUGAAAACUAAUUAAAAAAUGAACAAAUUAAAA